AAACCUAAAACCCCAUUAUUGCUGGUUUCUGCUGCUGCCUACGCCGUGUUGCCAAGUCCCGUCUCCUGCAAAUUCAUUCUUCGCUCCACCGCCGCCGCCAAGAUGGCUUCACCGGCGGGCAGGAACCAGAAGUCCAGGAAAUCCAAGUCCAAGCAUUCUCUGAAGGAGCUCAAAGCCCUUGGCCAGCAGUUGCUCUCUUCCAGAAGCCACGUCAACAACCUUCCCCUCCUCCUCAACUUCAUCUCCCCUGAAUUCCCUCCCCAAUACGUUCUCGAAUCCCUUCUCUCUCUCCAGUCCUUCUUCACUCCCCUCCUCCCUCAGCUCCCUCCUUCUUCCUCCAAAGCUCACUCUGCCCCUUCUAAAGGCGACGACGAUGCCGAAGUUAUUUACAGGACAUGGCUUCGCUCCAAGUUUGAUCACCUCGUUAGCUCCCUCAUCGACAUUGUCAUCUCGCCGCAGCCUGAUCCCACGUUGAGAGAAGUUGUGUUGGAUGCCAUCAUGGAAUUUGUUAAGGCUGGGAAUAGAGGGAAAUUUCAUUCCGCCAUAUAUCACAGGUUAAUCCACAACAUUGUCUACUCCAGCAACCCAGUUGAUUUUAUCGUAGAGUUGCUAGUGUCCAAGUUCUUCAAGUACAGUGAUAUACGUUACUUCACAUACAUCAGCCUUGAGAAACUAACCAGGACUUUUGAAGCUAAACAAAGCUCUGACAAUAAAGUUGAAAAUUCCAGUGGUGGUAUUGAGGAGCGGAAUCAGUCAUCAGAACGUCUUGAGCUUCCGAUCCACAAAGUGCACUAUCUUUUGGCCCACAUGCCCACUCUUGAUGAUCACGAAGAGAACUCUAAUCUUGAGAUGUGGAGUGAUUCAGGAAUACCCUUGAAAGAUGAAUCUCAAACUCCUAAACCCACAAAAACUAAAGAUAAAGAGCUCAAGUCAAGCAAACAAACUAAUGUGAGUCAUCUAUUAUCUAUUUGGCUCUCUGAGUUAUUAUGGGUCAUAUCAACAGCAAGUAUUGUCAAAAAGAUGAAAGUCAAAUUUACAAAUGCGUGGAUUUCAUUUCUUAGGUUACCACUUCCACUUGACAUAUACAAGGAGGUUCUUGCAACUUUGCAUCAAACUGUCAUGCCUAACCUGGGCAAUCCCCUAAUGUUAUGUGACUUCUUAACAAGAUCAUAUGAUAUUGGUGGGGUUGUCAGCGUCAUGUCUCUUAGCAGUCUCUUCAUCCUUAUGACUAAGCAUGGGUUGGAGUACCCCGACUUCUAUGACAAACUGUAUGCACUGCUGGUACCUUCUGUCUUUAUGGCAAAACACAGGGCAAAAUUUUUUGAGCUCCUUGAUUCAUGCCUAAAGUCACCUCUUCUUCCGGCAUAUCUUGCUGCUGCUUUUACUAAGCGGUUGAGUAGGCUCUCACUUGUGGUCCCUCCAUCAGGAGCAAUGGUUAUCAUUGCAUUGAUUCAUAACCUCCUGCGCAGGCAUCCUUCAAUCAACUGCUUGGUUCACCGGACAUCGAACAAUAACUCAGAAGCAGAAAGAGACAGUGUUGAUAAUGAUGAUGGAAGUGGGACUAGCAGAAGAUUAGGUGUCGACCAUUUUGACAAUGAGGAAAGCAAUCCAGUGAAGUCCAAUGCAUUGAGAAGCUCUUUGUGGGAAGUGGAUAACCUUCGCCACCAUUACUGUCCCCAUGUUUCAAGGUACGUUGAUAAUGUGAGAGCAAAAACCACAGAGAUGAAUAUAAAGGACUUCAGUUCUGGGUCAUAUGCCACAAUUUUUGCGGCAGAGAUUCGAAGAAGAGUGAAACAGGUGCCUCUGGGAUUCUAUAAAAUGACACCAACGACAUUGUUCUCGGAGUCUGAUUUUGGUGGUUGGACAUUCAAAUGCGAAGAAGAAGCAAGCAAGCAAGGAGAUGAGAGCAGCAGCCCUUCGAAACGACAGAGGACAGAGUGAAGUCAGUGGAUAGCAGAUCAAAGAAGGUGCGAAGAAUCUCCUUGUAACAUUUGAGCUAAUCAUGCCGUGGCGUGAGAGGAAAACGUGAAAGAGUGGAUAUUAUGGUUGCAGCAGCGUCUUGUGGGGUUGGCACAUUUUGCUUAUUGCUAGCUAUGAAUGAUGGUAAAAGACUAAAAGGGGAGGGUCGAGGAGCCGCAGCAGUGGGUUGGAAAAUGUAUUAGUUUUACUCUAUAGUUGUGGUCAUUGGAAAUUGCUGUUAUCUGUUUUAUGUUUCUCCUUUUGUUGUUAAGUUAGUAUAUCUAUGAAACAAGUGAGACUAACAGGGGUAGUGUUGUUUGGUUUUGAUGAAAUGCAUCUUAGCUUGGGGUUCCUUGCUGGGUUUAUUGCUUGGUUAAAAAUGUGUCACUACCCCAAUGUUAACUGUGAGGUUUAAUGAAGUGUCAGUUGCCUAUUUCUCUGCAAAAAAGGUCUGAGGCAGGGGGAUCCCCUCUCCCUCUACCUAUGGAGUUAUUUUCUUGUCUUAUGCAUAGAGUUCUGCAGCAAAAUGCUAUGCCUUCCCACAUUAUGUGCAAGAGGUUGAAUUUGAC